AUGUCUAAGGCUUCCUUCAAGACUCAGCACCCUUUCGAAAGAAGACAGGCUGAAUCAUCUCGCAUUAGAGAGAAGUAUCCUGAUAGAGUACCUGUGAUUGUGGAGAAAGCUGGAAGAAGUGACAUUGCAGACAUUGAUAAAAAGAAGUACCUUGUCCCAGCUGACCUGUCUGUUGGUCAAUUUGUUUAUGUCGUCCGCAAAAGAAUUAAGCUCAGUGCAGAGAAGGCUAUUUUCGUUUUCAUCGAUAACACCCUACCACCAACUGCUGCUUUGAUGUCUGCUCUUUAUGAAGAACACAAGGAUGAGGAUGGCUUUCUUUACAUGACUUACAGUGGAGAGAAUACCUUUGGAUCCCAGUAG